UUUUAUAUCCGAUUGCAAUGUCUGUGUACUUGGUGCAGUUCUUCGCACUGCUGCUAGUCGGCAGCUGCGUCCAUGUGCAAGGUGGCGAAUUAAAUUCAACCAUAGGCGAAAUAUCAAAGACUCACGAGGACACGACGAUGUUCGGAACUGACUUAAGAGUCAAAUACCAGGAUGAAAAGACAAGCGCUGUUAUCAAUGGGGAGCUGAACAUGUUGACCAGCCUAGACAACGAUUGGAAGGUAAACAUAACAAUUCUUAGGGCGGAUUCACCAUCAUCGGAGUAUAAAGUGCAUAAGGAUUAUCCUGUGAUGGGUGUCUGCGAUUUAAUGGGAUCGUUAUAUAAGAACUUCAUAUAUGAGAAGAUAAAGGAAUAUUCGAAUGCACCCGACCCAAAGAGCUGUCCAUUGUCUCCUCAAGAUUUCUACAUUAAGGAGUACACACUGCAUGCAUCGAAACUUGAGAAAUAUUUGUCGACUGGCUUCUAUAUAGUAGAUGGACAACUAUUGCAGAACGACGAAAUUAAAUUGGGUUACCAGAUGAAAAUCGUAAUUGCUUAACCAAUGCCCUUUAAUGUUUGAAUCGUUUGAUUGAAUAAAGAAACUAUUCGUAGUUAGACAUUUGCUUGAGGA